GGGUCGGGGGGGACGGCGUCUGUGUCGGCGGUGCCGAGGACAGGCGCUCGGGGCAGCCCUCACCUCUCUGAGGUCCCCGCCCCGUCCCGGCCGGGCCGGCUCGCCUGUCAGUCACUGGGGCGGAGGCAGCGGCGGCAGCGGGGCCGGAGCUCGGCGGUGAGAAGAGCGCGGGCCGGGCCGAGCGGAGGGAACCUGCCGCAGCCCCUCAACUCUCCGGACUCUUCGCCCCAGACCUGCGAAGCUGCAGCCCCGCGCUUCGUUGGACGCCUGCGUAACCUGCGAAGGGCUCUUUCCCCCGUGACCCCCCAGCCCCUUGACCUCCUCUUAGGACCCGAGAGCUCACUCAGAAGAGGGUGUUGUGGGUACAGGCCAUCGACCCUGUGACCCUUGGCGGGCCGGGGCCUCGGUUUCUCCCAGGCCUCCCUCCCCUGUGACUCUCUCCUCAUAGAUUCCGGGGACAGAGCCUUGACCUACCACUAGGACCCCUCGCUUGCGAACUCCGCACCGGUGGCUUUCUCCUAGGAGUGCCCCUCCGUGGGUCUUCUCCGAAGGGCACCCCUUUUGGCCUUUGGCAAGCCCCCCGCCCCCCACCGAGGUGGGGAGGCCUCGGCAGCCAUGCUCGCCCUGGGUCCCCUGUCACCCCAGCUCUCCCUGGGCACCCAAGCCGGGGUCUAGCAGGGGGGCCAGCAGCCAAGAGGCUGGGGCAGGAGACAGGUCACGGUCCACCUCCCUGCUGGGGAGGGAGCAAAGAUGGAGCGGCGGGAGGAGCAGCCGGGGGCUGCAGGGGCUGGAGCGGCACCAGCCUUGGACUUCACUGUGGAGAACGUGGAGAAGGCGCUGCACCAGCUCUACUACGACCCCAACAUUGAGAACAAGAACCUGGCACAGAAGUGGCUGAUGCAGGCCCAGGUCUCCCCACAGGCCUGGCACUUCAGCUGGCAGCUACUGCAGCCCGACAAGGUGCCUGAGAUCCAGUACUUUGGGGCCAGUGCCCUGCACAUCAAGAUCUCUCGCUAUUGGAGUGACAUCCCCACUGACCAGUAUGAGAGUCUGAAGGCACAGCUCUUCACCCAGAUCACCCGCUUUGCCAGCGGCUCCAAGAUUGUGCUGACUCGGCUGUGCGUGGCCCUGGCCUCGCUGGCGCUCAGCAUGAUGCCUGACGCUUGGCCAUGUGCUGUGGCAGAUAUGGUACGGCUCUUCCAGGCUGAAGACUCGCCGGUGGAUGGCCAGGGCCGAUGCCUGGCCCUGCUAGAGCUGCUGACAGUGCUGCCUGAGGAGUUCCAGACCAGCCGCCUGCCCCAGUACCGCAAAAGCCUGGUGCGGGCCAGCCUGGCGGUGGAGUGUGGGGCUGUCUUCCCGCUGCUGGAGCAACUGCUCCAGCAGCCCAGCUCACCUAGCUGUGUGCGUCAGAAGGUGCUCAAGUGCUUUUCCAGCUGGGUGCAGCUGGAGGUGCCGCUGCAGGACUGCGAGGCGCUCAUUCAGGCCGCGUUCUCGGCUCUGCAGGACUCGGAGCUCUUCGACAGCAGCGUGGAGGCCAUCGUCAAUGCCAUCUCACAGCCCGAUGCCCAGAGGUACGUGAACACACUCCUGAAACUCAUCCCGCUGGUGCUGGGACUGCAGGAUCAACUGCGACAGGCCGUGCAGAAUGGGGACAUGGAGACCUCCCACGGCAUCUGUCGCAUUGCCGUGGCCCUGGGCGAGAACCACUCCCGGGCCCUGCUGGACCAGGUGGAGCACUGGCAGAGCUUCCUGGCCCUGGUCAACAUGAUCAUGUUCUGCACGGGCAUCCCCGGCCACUUCCCCGUCAACGAGACCACCAGCUCCCUGACGCUCACUUUCUGGUACACGCUGCAGGAUGACAUUCUGUCCUUCGAGGCGGAGAAGCAGGCUGUGUACCAGCAGGUGUACCGGCCGGUCUACUUCCAGCUGGUGGAUGUGCUUCUGCACAAGGCCCAGUUCCCUUCUGAUGAAGAGUACGGGUUCUGGUCCUCAGAUGAGAAGGAGCAGUUCCGGAUUUACAGGGUGGACAUCUCAGACACGCUGAUGUACGUCUACGAGAUGCUGGGGGCCGAGCUCCUCAGCAGCCUCUAUGACAAGCUGGGCCGUCUGCUCACCAGCUCAGAGGAGCCCUACUCCUGGCAGCACACGGAGGCCCUGCUCUACGGCUUCCAGUCCAUCGCCGAGACCAUCGAUGUCAACUACUCCGAUGUGGUGCCCGGGCUCAUUGGCCUCAUCCCACGGAUCAGCAUCAGCAACGUGCAGCUGGCGGACACUGUCAUGUUCACCAUUGGAGCCCUGUCCGAGUGGCUGGCUGACCACCCCGUCAUGAUCAACAGCGUUCUGCCCCUUGUGCUGCACGCCCUGGGCAACCCUGAGCUCUCUAUCUCUUCCGUGUCCACCCUCAAGAAGAUCUGCCGGGAAUGCAAGUACGACCUGCCACCCUACGCUGCCAACAUCGUGGCUGUCUCCCAGGAUGUUCUGAUGAAGCAGAUCCAUAAGACGAGCCAGUGCAUGUGGCUGAUGCAGGCCCUGGGCUUCCUGCUGUCAGCGCUGCAAGUGGAGGAGAUCCUUAAAAACCUGCACUCCCUCAUCUCGCCGUAUAUCCAGCAGCUGGAGAAGCUGGCAGAGGAGAUCCCCAACCCCUCCAACAAGCUGGCCAUCGUGCACAUCUUGGGGCUCCUCUCGAACCUCUUCACCACCCUGGACGUCAGUCACCACGAUGACGAUCACGAAGGCCCUGAGCUCCGGAAGCUGCCCGUGCCGCAGGGACCCAACCCCGUGGUGGUGGUGCUGCAGCAGGUCUUCCAGCUGAUCCAGAAGGUGCUGAGCAAAUGGCUGAAUGAUGCCCAGGUGGUGGAGGCGGUGUGCGCUAUCUUUGAGAAGUCCGUCAAGACGCUGCUGGACGACUUCGCCCCCAUGGUGCCGCAGCUGUGUGAGAUGCUGGGUCGGAUGUACAGCACCAUCCCCCAGGCCUCUGCUCUGGACCUCACGCGACAGCUGGUGCACAUCUUUGCUCACGAGCCUGCUCACUUCCCCCCGAUCGAGGCCCUCUUCCUGCUCGUCACCUCGGUUACACUCACCCUCUUCCAACAAGGGCCCAGGGAUCAUCCUGAUAUUGUUGAUUCAUUUAUGCAACUCCUGGCACAGGCUCUGAAGCGGAAGCCCGACUUGUUCCUGUGUGAACGCCUGGAUGUCAAAGCUGUGUUCCAGUGUGCUGUGCUGGCCCUCAAGUUCCCCGAAGCACCUACUGUCAAGGCCUCCUGUGGCUUCUUUACAGAGCUGCUGCCUCGCUGCGGGGAGGUAGAACCUGUGGGGAAGGUGGUACAGGAGGACGGCCGCAUGCUGCUCAUAGCAGUGCUGGAGGCCAUCGGGGGCCAGGCCUCCCGAAGCCUCAUGGACUGCUUUGCCGACAUCCUAUUUGCUCUGAACAAACACUGCUUCAGCCUCCUGAGUGUGUGGAUCAAGGAGGCACUUCAGUCACCUGGCUUUCCCUCUGCCCGCCUCAGCCCUGAACAGAAGGACACCUUCAGCCAACAGAUUCUUCGCGAGCGGGUAAACAAGAGGCGAGUGAAGGAGAUGGUGAAGGAAUUCACACUUCUGUGCCGGGGGCUGCAUGGCACAGAUUACACAGCUGACUACUGAGGGGCGCCCCCGUCCCGCCCACACUUCCUCCUUUACCGCUCCCAGCCCCCAAAGAGUAAACCUGAGUCCUCACUGCA